UGGGCGUGCCCUGUGGAGUGCGUCAGCACCCACUCUCUCUGUCCAUGCCUGCUCUCUCUGUCCGUGCCCAGCGAGUGGAGCGUGACCCCGGGGCAGACCCCACCAAGGCUGCCGGCUCCUUGGACUCUUCGCUCCAGGCUCCUCUGGAAGAUCAGAGGGAUUUUGCUGCCGGGACUGACACUCAGCCUUAAUCUUCGCUACCGGACAUGGGUGGCAUGUGACCCUUGAUGGACACUGCUGCACAGGGCACGGCAGAGCCAGCAAGCAGAGUGGGCGGCGUGGGGAGGAGCAGCUGGGGGGGCGUGCAGCAGCUGAGCAGCAUGCCCGUGGAAACCCUCCAGGCUGGGGACGUGAUGAAGGGGGUUUCGGUGACGGCGCCCUUCACCUCGGCCAUGCCAUUCCGGAUCCUCAACAAGGGGCCUGAGUACUUCCGCCAGCAGGCGGCCACCGGUGCCAAGAAGCCCAGCGCCGUGGAGAGGCUGGAGGCGGACAAAGCCAAGUACGUGAAGAGUCAGCAGGUCGCCAGCACCAAGCAGGAGCCGGUGAAGCUGCUCUUGAAGCAGCCCCUCUUCACCCCGGGGGUCCGGAGAGCCAUGCUGAUGCCAAACCGCAAGACCCCGCAAGGGGGCCGCAGGGUGGAAGCCUGUGGGCCAAAGACCUCCUUGAACCUGGAGAUCCUCAACAACCUCAUCAACAUCUGUGACAGCCCCCUGCCCUUCCCCAAGUCGGAGAGCCCCCGGGAGCACAAGUGGAGAGCAGAGACGAGGGAGCCCCUGGGCAAAGAGCUGGGUGGGCACCCCGCUGUGCGGAGGAGGAAGGGCCCUUCGGAUGGCAUGAGCAAGCUGUCGGAGAGCUCUGUCACGUCCAAGCCCUCCAGCACGGUGGCUGUGCGCAGAGUGGAUGUCCGGCCCUGCGGGGUUCAUCGGGCCAGGGUGACCCCAACCAUCCAGGUCACCCCCAUGCCUGUCUCACCCGCCAAGGCCAGGAUCCCCUCCACCAGCUCCCUUAGCUCACCAAACAGAAGCCCCCACGACAGGCGGACAGACAGCGCCAAGCGGCAGACCCUCCUGCACAGGUCCAAGUCCGACCUGAGUGACAGGUACUCCCGGGCCACGGCCGACCUGGAACGCUUCUUCAAUUACUGCGGGCUGGACCCCGAGGAGGUCAGGGACAUAGGGGCGGAGCACUGUGCCCGGGCCAGCUCGGACAUCGUCUCCAUCAAGUUUCACAGCGUCAGCACCACCAGCUCGGAGUGCACCCGUUCCCAGCACAGUGCCGCCACCCUGGAGGACAAGCAGGCGGAGCGCAUGCCCUACGGCAUCUCUGUCAUCGAGCGCAAUGCCAGGGUGAUCAAGUGGCUGUACGGACUACGGCAAGCCAGAGAGCCCCAAAAGGUAUCCAACGUAUAGUGACUCCAUGGAUGCCACGAACUCUGAUGGCAAAGCCUUUGAGCGUGUGUGUGUGUGUGAUGUACAAGGGGGUGUUUUAAUUUCUUGCGUGACUCAGUCUGGUCCUGCUGGGAAACACCCUGUGGUGGAGUCUCACUGACAGAGCAUCCUUUAACUCUAGUCCCUGUCCCCUGUUGGCCUCCCCUUCCCCUUCCCCUACCCCUGGCCCGCGGCCUUCAGAGAUCUGGUCCCUGCAGCAACGAGAUGUCGCCGAGCCGAGAACUUCGAGAGUUGCAAGGCCCUAGCAAUGAGAGAGGGCGAGUUUCCUUGGCACGGGGGCCGAGGGGAGGAGCGGGGCCAGCCUGGCAGCACAAAUGGGACUUUCAGUAGUCUCCGGAGUUACUGCAGGGCUGCGCAUUGCCCCGGUCAACAGAGCUGGCCCUGGGAAGGGGUUUCCUUCCUAUUAGGCACUGGUCUUGUAAAUAUGCAAGCUAUUAAUAAAGAGCCUGGAGUAUAGUCCCCCGUGAGCCAGUGAGAGGGCAAAGGGCUGGCUUGCACCUGCUUGCCUGGAUCAUAUUUGGCACCUGCCUGCACCGUUCUCGGAAUCCGCGCCAAGAGGACUGUAAACGCCCUCGCUCUCCUGAGACGGUUGGAAGCACACACGUGUGUACACACCUCGUGGGCGAGCCCAAGGGAAUAUCUGUGCAGCUCAUGGGCCAGCCAACACACGCCCGCCUCCUGCAGGGCGGCUGAGGAUCUGGUUGUUGCAGUGGAGGGCUGUUCUCCAGCCCUGCGUGCACAACACAAACACAACCCCCGCAAAGGCUCUGCCACAAGCUGCCAGGAACUCGGGGGAUCUGGUGUUAAGACCCCUCCCCUACCCUGGACUGCACCCUCCGUCCCAGGCAGGGGUGGACCAGUUGUGCGGAGCCUGCCCCGUCCUGCCGUGUUAGCGGGCAGGAAUGUUCUUAGCAGGGUCGGCCACGUUAGCAGAGCUCCGGUUAGUGGUAGAAUCCGAAGUGUGUCUCAUGCACCCUAGGAGCCGGUUUGUGUCAGCCCAGCUUGUGGUGCCUCGAAUGAGGAGCCACCGUCGGGCACGUCAUUCAACUUUUGUUCUUCCGCAAGGCCUAGUGUGCCGCCGGCUGGCUGGCUGGGGUGCGCGUGUGCCACGCCCUCCAUCCCUCAGAUGGUCACCUCAGGGGUCCUCUGAAACCCCCCAGACCAGCAAGUCUUUGUGUUUUAUGCUCGGCCUUACUAGCUCCCAAAAGUGUUAGAGACAAAGCAGUUUUAGGAGGCAGCUUGAUCGAGAUGAAACUUAAUUUUGGUUUUGUUUUGUUCUACCCUGAAACUCUCCACUCUGCUUCAGUUACCAAGAGAACAUGGCCCCCCUCUGCACAAGGUUUCUAGGGGAGUGAAUUCUCCCAACCCACAUUAGUUAAGCUCUUUUGUGGGGAGGAGGAAAUGGGUGUCUACAGGAGAAAUCCUUGGGUUGUCGAGGACCUGGAGUUUGGAGCGAUGGAAACAAACUCAUCUUCGCUGCACGGAAAGAACAGCCAGGUCUGCUCUUUGAACUGUCAGCCCAAGCGGCAUGCUCUUCUGCUCCGUGACUCCGGAGGGGCCAUGGCAGAUCUGUCCCUCCUGAAAGUCCCCUUUCAGUUGUACUUUUAUCUUGCUGCCCUGGCUGUUGGCUUUGCUCCCUGACUCAUUCUUUUCACAGCUUCUACUUUGCUGUAGUUCUGUGUACAUUUCUCUGGAAGCCAGCUUGCCUUUUAAUAGCUGAUCCCUUGGGGAGAUGCUUGUGUGUGUGCAGGGGCGGGGGGAAGUGACCCUUGUAAGUGACAUAUAAUAGGAAAACUAUUCUUUGCGGGGUUACUAGUUACUUCCACUGGAAACAGUCUUAUCACAAACUGCCCUGAUGCAUCCCCUUGAUGUUGUGCAUCUUGAUUUCAUGCCCCAGCAGAGACGUUCCUCAUGGAUAACUGCCUGCCGCGUGGAGCUGUUGGGAAGCGAGUGUAGAUUGGCGGGAGCUUUAUGAACUGCCUGGAGGAGAUCAAUAUAACCUCCUUCCCCAAGCUGGAAAGCGCACGCAGGGCAGUACAGUAGCGUGGGAGGGACAGUGCCACAUGCCAGUGCUGGCUCAAUAAAGCUCAGCAGCGAGGCUGAAAAUAGCAAGAGACUCGGCUGCUUAGCCAUAAAGGCAAAAAUCUACCUCCUCAGUGUAGGCUUAUCAAGGCUCUUGCUCUGUGUGUGUGUGUGUGUGUCUGUCUGUCUCUCUCUCUCUCUUUUCCUCUGCCACAGUCAAAAAAGCCCAAGAGCUCUGGGAAUGCUGACCCCAGUUAUUUAUGAAGAUGGUUCUGUAUUGGUCUCGUCUCAUUUUUACUGUAUUUGCUGACGGUUGUUCUGUAAAAGCCUGACUGAUUUUAUUAAAGUCCUGUCCUUUGGA